CUUGGGCUUCCAGCCAUGAUUGGAAGAUUGGUUAUUGGCCAAAAUGGCAUCUUAUCCACACCUGCUGUUUCAUGUAUUAUCCGAAAGAUCAAAGCAGCUGGUGGAAUUAUUCUAACAGCUAGUCACAGUCCUGGAGGACCUGGAGGAGAAUUUGGAGUCAAGUUUAAUGUUUCCAAUGGAGGACCUGCCCCAGAUGCUGUUUCAGACAAAAUUUAUCAGAUCAGCAAAACCCUUGAGGAAUAUGCCAUUUGUCCUGAUCUCAUAGUUGACUUAUCUCGGCUUGGAAGACAAGAAUUUGAUCUGGAGAACAAAUUCAAACCUUUCCGAGUGGAAAUAGUGGAUUCAGUGGAUGUCUACCUCAAUCUACUUCGAACUAUCUUUGACUUUAACAUGAUCAGAAGCUUGCUGACUGGACCCAAUCAGCUUAAAAUAAGAAUUGAUGCCAUGAAUGGAGUUAUGGGACCCUAUGUGAGGAGAAUCCUGUGUGAUGAGUUAGGAGCUCCUGCAAAUUCCGCAAUAAAUUGUGUUCCUCUGGAGGAUUUUGGUGGGCAGCUUCCUGACCCAAACUUAACAUAUGCAACUGCCCUGCUGGAGGCUAUGAAAGGAGGAGAAUAUGGAUUUGGAGCUGCUUUUGAUGCUGAUGGAGACCGCUAUAUGAUCCUAGGUCAAAAUGGUUUCUUUGUGAACCCUUCUGAUUCACUGGCAAUUAUUGCUGCCAAUCUUUCUUGCAUUCCAUAUUUCCGUCAGAUGGGUGUUCGAGGGUUUGGAAGAAGCAUGCCUACUAGCACAGCUCUGGACAGGGUGGCAAAAUCACUGAAAGUUCCUGUGUAUGAAACGCCAACAGGCUGGAGGUUUUUCUCAAAUCUGAUGGAUUCUGGACGAUGUUCGCUUUGUGGAGAAGAAAGCUUUGGCACUGGGUCUGACCACAUCCGAGAGAAGGAUGGACUCUGGGCUGUGCUAGUCUGGCUUUCAAUCAUAGCUGCUCGAAAGCAAAGUGUGGAAGAGAUUGUCAGAGAUCACUGGACAAAAUUUGGCCGUCACUACUAUUGCAGAUUUGAUUAUGAAGCCUUGGAACCCAGAACAGCAUAUUUUGUAAUGAGAGAUCUGGAGGCUUUGAUCAUUGAUAAAUCAUUCAGUAAUCAGCAGUUUGCUGUUGGGAACAACGUCUACAAAGUGGAAAAAGCAGACAGCUUUGAAUAUAUGGAUCCCGUAGAUGGCACUGUGACCAAAAGACAGGGACUGCGAAUUGUUUUUUCAGAUGCUUCGAGGCUUGUCUUCAGACUUAGUGCUUCUAGCAGUGUGCGAGCUACCCUCAGGAUCUAUGCAGAAAGCUAUGAAAAGGAUCCUAACAAACAUGGCAAGGAAUCACAGGCUGUGCUGAGUCCUCUUAUAGCCAUUGCAUUGAAAAUAUCUCAGAUCCAUGAGAAGACAGGGCGGAAGGGACCCACUGUCAUCACCUGAAUCUACAGAGGAUCAUUAACCCAGGGCCAAGAGAGAGAGGGCAAGGAAGAGAGAUGACCUUGCUGAAACUUGUUAGCUGUUUGUGCCUUUAAAAGAUUGUGGGGGUGGGAAGAAAAAUUCAGUAUAAUAUUGAUCAUAUUCUGUUGCAUUAAUUGCCAGAGAUAAUAGUGUAUGGACUUCUGUGUUAUAACCACAAUAUCUUUUUGUUAAAAACAAAACCCAAAGAAAAAGCCCUCAACCUUUGAGUGUUGCAAAAUGCCAGUGUGACAGAAAGGCCAACCUUUGUUUGUUUGUUUUUUACCUUUGAAGUGUUAGGACAAAGUAAGAAUUUUGAACUUGGGAAGGAGCGGGAAAUGGACUACAAUGCAACCAUGGAUUGUGGUGAACACAAUUGGUGGUUCUUGUCAGCUUCUUAUUUGUUUAGAGAAAAGGCAUCUGUAUGUCUAGGUUACAGGGGCAGUAUAUCAGUCUUUGCAAAGUUUGCAUUUGCAUACUCCAUUUGUUCCUUUCCUAUCAACAGCCUUGGCUCAUUGAGCCCACGGCCACAGAAGAACUGUGCGCACACAUACUCACACUGCCAAUGAAAGAUGCCAGUGCUUGCUUUUUUUUUCUUCUUCUUCUUUAAAAAUGUAGUGACUCGUGUCUCUCUCUCUCUCUCUCUCUAGGUUUCAAUGAAUUUGACCCUUCUUUUUUUAAAGGAGGGUAAUUAUUUUUAUCAGAACCAAAAUGUAUUUAAUUGUCAUGGGGGCAACAGUUGCCUUUUGCAAUAUUCCUCAAGUUCAUAAACACGUCCUGCUGGUCCUUUCUGGGCGUGGAGGGUAACUGUUGCAAGUUCAGCAUAUCUUCCAUAAAUGCAUUACCAUGGAAAGAUUUUUAAAUCUGUCUCUUGGGAUACAUGCCUAUGUUCCCCUUGUCAGGAAUGGGUGUAAGAGGGAUGAAUUAAUGAAAUACUUGGCUGAUGCACUAGGUGGCUCAGACUCUAUUAGAUUAUUUAAAGUAGAGAUCAUAUAAAGGCCCAGAAUGUGGAAAGGGAGUAGAAAGAACUUGGCAUGAACCAGAGCAGUAUAUGUACACGUGUGGUUUUUUGCUUGUGAAAUGCUACUGCAGCUCUAGCUAUGGUUCAUUGCUUUGUACUGAACGGGAACACAAACACUUUGUGCAUGUGACUUGUUUGAAUGUUUUGCUUCCUUGGGAACAGAGUGGGGUCACUUGACAUAUCAUUUGUUGAGUUGGCUUUGUGCAGUUUGACACUUUGCAGUGUGUACGAUUCAUAUUGCAGCCCAUCAAUGUUUCCAUGCAAUUUAGCUAAUAUUGCAGUGAAGGAAAUUGCUUUGGUUUCUUUUGACACUUCUGUCAAAAAGUGCUAUGACAUUUAGUAUCUAAUAAAGUGGAUUGCCACAUUUCUGUCUUAAUACCUAAUUGUUGACAAAACACAUUGCGCUUUCAUCCAUUCUAAUAAAAUUGCCUUUAGUAGAAUUACAUUAUCUAUUUAAUUGAUUCUAAAUAAAUAUGACACUGAUGUUUCCACACAA